AUGUUUGGCGUUUUUACCUGCGGGAAUACAUCUUCGGAAAUGUGGACACACUUGGCGGGAUGUUCUCGUUCGUUCGUUUUUACCAUAUUACUCUGCUUUUGUCUCGGUUCCCUUGCUGCUUUGGCCGCAGACCCUACCCCAGAUGAUUUUUUUCAAUCUUCGGAACCGAUAUAUAUCUCGACUUCCAGCGACUGGAUGAGGUUUCUGGGAGAUAUUGAAAAAUCCGUGAGAUCCAAGCUACGCUUUUUCAGUCCUAAGGGUCCAUCGCCCAUCAAUAGAGAGGCGAAUAUCUUCCAAAUCUUUCCUACCCCGCAGGAAUUGAAAAACUCUGUCAAUGGCUCAAAGGGCCUAUUGAAAUUGGCCCCAACAGAAGUCCUUACUAUAUCUGGCUACGGAAAUUGGACCGACAGUGGAUGGACUCUCAGGUUUCGUGGAAGCGUUUACAAGCAGCCUAACAUAUCGAACCACAUGCUUCAUGCUCUAGCCAGUCUGUUCUUACUCGGCGCUUCGCUAAAGAAAUUUCCACCUGCACAUUAUGCUCACGCCCUCAACGCAACACGAAGCGUAUUAAUGAUUAAGCAAAGCCACAGCAAAGUCUCGUUCCAUGUGACCCCGGACAUGGAUCAGGACGCUGCAGGUGCUGGUUUGGAGGGGACCCCAGUAGAAGGUCUGAAUAUUGAUAUUCCUGGGCUCACAAAUCUCGAAGGUGACUUCGAUUCGUUCAUCGAGAUUAGGAAUGUGUCCGGGGCCUUCCCGAUACCUGGAAACGAGACACGCAAAACCCAGCGUCUCAAGCUAUAUUCUCGGGGUACGGAUACUGGAAACUCCACGGCUUACCUUAUCCCCCCGGAAGGGCUCACUCUCAUCAGCGAUAUUGACGACGUUCUUCGAGUGUCCAAAAUUUUCUCCAUUCAGGAAGGUCUGGCUAACCUCUUUGGCCGCCCUUUCUUUCCUUGGAUGAACAUGCCUGAGAUAUUUGCAAAUUGGUCCCACAGCUUGCCAGAUCUGCAUUUCCAUUAUCUGACAACCUCGCCUGAGCAACUGACUCGCCCAUACAUGGAUUAUAUAUUCAGAACAUACCCCGUCGGCAGCUUUGAUACUAGAAUUGUGAAUUUAACUGAUUUGAAAGCUACCUGGGCAAUCCGUGAAUUUCUGCUCGAUAAAAUUUUCCAGACUUUUCCAAAGAGGAAGUUCAUAAUCGUCGGCGACACAACAAAUCUCGAUAUCAUGUCAGGGUACCCGCGGCUGGUGACAAAAUAUCCGGGACAAGUCCAAUGCAUUUUCUUGAGAAACACAUCAGCCACAGACUCCGCCAAUAGGGUCCCGUACAAUACCAAAGGAUUCAAAGGGAUGGAUCAACAGAUGUUUAUGUUUUUUCGCGUCCCAGAUGAUCUUAAGGGGUUAGAUAUAGAAAAUGGGAACUGUUAUAACGAAUCUGUUCCUCAAAACCUUACCUUUGGAUGGCAAGGUCUCUCCUUGGGCGGUGGCCCACCUUAA